CGCAACCCCAUCAGAAUCAGAGAGAAUUGCAGAGGCGGCGAGUUUGGCGUAGGAUGCCUUCCGGCGGCGGUUUUAGAUUGAGGUUGAGAGCUAUACACACGUGGAUUCGGGACUAUGACAACCUCCAGUGGCUCGCGCUAAGGCUGAUCUACGCCCAAAUUGGCUGCGCCUUGGUUGGAUCGCUCGGCCCAAUCUACAACGGUGUUUUGCUAGUCGAUUUGGGGAUUUCGCUGUUCGCGCUCGUCGCCAUUGAGAGCAGCAGCCAGAGCCUCGCUAGGACAUACGCAUUUCUUCUCUUCUGUUCCAUUUGCCUGGACUUUUCAUGGUUCUUCAUUUUCUCUCAUCAUAUCUGGUUUUUUCCAUCUGAAUUUUAUGGAGCUUUUGGGAGCUUUUUGGUCAAGCUGACCUUGGUCAUGCAAAUCAUUGGAUUUUCAGUGAGGCUGUCAUCAUCACUACUAUGGAUUCAGAUGUACAGACUGGGUUCUUCUUACAUAGAUAAUAGUGGUGCUAGAGAUACAGAUGCCUAUUUGAGAAAUAGUUUUAUCAAUCCUGCUACUCCUAUUGUUCGAGUUACUUCGGGUUGUGAUGAUGCUAUUGGAGGCUCAAUAUACGAUCCUGCAUAUUACUCGUCUCUAUUUGAACCUGGAAGGAAUGACACAUGUCCAUCUGGGGUUAGUCAAAAUCUGGAAUUUUCACUAAUAGAACCGGCCCCUACUGCCGAAACUCAGCAGCUGAGUCCUGACAGAUCUUUGCAUGUUACAGAUGAUGAGAAUGUUAAGAGAAGGCUCCAGGUCACCUGAGUAGUGAUUGAUGGAUUUUUUUGGCGUGGGUUCCCAUUCGUCAAAGUUUUUUUUGUUGGCUAAUUUUUCUUGUAGAAUUAAUAUACAGGUAGCAAAAAUUUGUACAGAUAUUCCUUACUCUAUUCUUUUUGCCAGUAAAUGUGGAGAGNUGUUUUCCUUGUAAAGUUUGAUGGGAAGUUAUUGAAAGAGU